CAGCCUGGCCGUUACUUCUGUUCUCCUCUCUGCACAGCAGUUUGGAGACGGGGAGAUGGGAGCGCGCUUCACUGGCGUCCAGAUUCCCAUCUUCACUUUAAGAAAAUAACUGCACGCGCAUGGCAAUUUCAGCACGGUCUCCGUGAACAGCGAACGUGCAGUUGCUUCGGGCAGAUGAAGUUACAUUGGACCGUAAAAAAAAAAACAAGGACAGGAGCUUGCCUUGCAGAAUUACAGAAGUUUGACAUUUUUAUCCAGAACGGACUGAGGUGCAGAGGUAUUGAAUCAUUUGUUCAAUUAAUGAUGGAAUAAUGGUGAUUUCACUUUGAUUUCACUGUAGGAUUAUAUCAAUGGACUCACAGCAAUAGGACAUAGCAAUGGACGUGUGUAAAAUGAUGCAUGCAUUGGAUGCGCUGAUCGAUUUCAUUCAACAGAAGACAUGCACGAUCGGCAGGCAUUUCACGCGCGGCUUAACUGAGGCACCCGAGUUUUUUUUUUUACAGGACUUGUCUUGAAUAAUGUUGGGGAGGUUUGUAAAUGGUGGUCAACGGUGUCCUUGGUAUGUCGACCUAAUGAGCACACAGAAGACAUGCUAUUCCAUCCCAUAUAGAUUGAAAACUUUUUCGGAAACAUCUGCGCGCCUCACGGUGACCGGGAUUUGGUUUUGUGCAUGAAUAAAAAAACAUGGCACUGAGUGAGAAUUGUAAAACCCAGCCGGGUAAAGAAACAGGGUCGGUGCAAAACCCGGCGUCUGAUGUUAUUGAACUAAACGUAGGAGGUCAGGUAUACUAUACUCGUCUCCAUACUUUAACAAGCAUCCCCAAUUCCUUACUGGGACGGUUAUUCUCCACCAAGGGGUCCUCGAAUGAUUUGGCACGGGACCUCCGGGGACGUUAUUUUAUCGACAGAGAUGGUUUUCUGUUCCGAUAUGUAUUGGAUUAUCUGAGAGAUAAGCAGGUCGUUCUACCGGACCACUUCCCAGAGAAAGGGAGGUUAAAACGGGAAGCGGAAUACUUUGAACUCCCCAAACUGGUCAAACUGUUGGCGUCCGAGGAAUCGAAACAGUUUCAGGACGACCCUUUUCACAGUGAUUUCGACGACGCGUCGCUAGGCAGCGACCAGAGGAUAUAUUCCUCCUACUCUCUGGACCGGAGGUAUGGAUACAUAACCGUCGGUUUCAAAGGCACGUGUGCGGCACCGGGAGGCAAGGACAGUCAGAUUGACCCCAAAUCCCAAAAAGCAGUACCCAGAAUCUUCAUCAGUGGAAGAAUCGGCCUCGCCAAAGAGGUGUUUGGAAACACCCUGAAUGAGAGCCGAGACGCGGACAGGCCAGCGGACAGGUACACCUCCCGGUUCUUCCUCCGGUUCCGUCACCUGGAGCGGGCCUUUGACAUGUUGUCGGAGAGCGGGUUCCACAUCGUCGCCUGUAACUCGUCGCUCACCGCCUCUUCCAUCAGCCAUUACGCACCCGAGAAAGUCUGGUCCAACUUCACGCAGUACGUCUUCUACCGUAAGUGAUUUUCCACAUAAAACACUAUAAACCUUCUUUAAUAAUGCCCUUUAGGUUAGGCCACUGGUUGACGCCAUGUCACAAUCAAUUGUUUAAGUGGAUUUAGUAAAGGGAAUAGUUAAGUAUGUUAGACUACGGAUGUCUGACAGACUCACUAGGAGACAUAUAGUUGUCUUAGGCCUAUAUGGUUCCCUUUGCUAUCAUCCCUGCACCUGGUUUUAAAUAGCUUUUCAACUUAGUGAUUAUAUACACUGAGUGGACAAAACAUUAGGAACAUCUUCCUAGU